UCAACAGGCAUUUUAAAUUGCUGUAUGGCAUAUAACGUUGGUCUUCUGGAAGCAAAAAUAUUUUCCGGUCCUUCAAGUGGACAGUUUGGCUAUGCAGUGCAACAGUUUAUAAACCCAGAUGGCAACUGGUUGCUUGUUGGUUCACCUUGGAGUGGCUUCCCUGACAACCGAAUGGGAGAUGUGUAUAAAUGUCCAGUUGAUUUGGCCUCUGCUUCAUGUGAAAAACUGAAUUUGCAAGCUUUCACAACCAUUCCCAAUGUUACGGAGAUGAAAACCAACAUGAACCUUGGCUUGACACUCACAAGGAAUGUGGGAACUGGAGGAUUUCUCACCUGUGGUCCCCUGUGGGCACACCAGUGCGGAAAUCAGUAUUACACAACUGGUGUGUGUUCCGAUGUGAGUCCUGAUUUUCAGCUCCUGGCCAGCUUUUCACCUGCAGUUCAGCAUUGCCCUUCCCUCAUAGAUGUUGUGGUUGUAUGUGAUGAAUCCAACAGUAUUUAUCCCUGGGAAGCAGUGAAGAAUUUUUUGGAAAAAUUUGUAAGUGGCCUAGAUAUAGGCCCCAAAAAGACACAGGUGGGGUUAAUCCAGUAUGCCAAUAAUCCAAGAGUUGUAUUUCGCUUGAACACCUACAAAACCAAAGACGAAAUGAUGAAAGCAGCAUCCCAGACAUAUCAACAUGGUGGGGACCUCACAAAUACAUUCAGAGCAAUUGAAUAUGCGAGAGAAUAUGCAUAUUCAGCUGAGUUUGGGGGGAGACCAAGUGCUACCAAAGUUAUGGUGGUAGUGACUGAUGGAGAAUCACAUGAUGGUUCAGAACUAAACUCCGUGAUUGGUCGGUGUAACAAUGACAACAUUCUGAGGUUUGGCAUAGCAGUCCUUGGGUAUUUAAACAGAAAUGCCCUUGAUACUAAAAAUUUAAUAAAGGAAAUCAAAGCAAUUGCCAGUAAUCCAACUGAAAGGUACUUUUACAAUGUGUCUGAUGAGGCAGCUCUACUGGAAAAGGCUGGGACAUUAGGAGAACAAAUUUUCAGCAUUGAAGGUACUGUUCAAGGGGGAGAGAAGUUUCAGAUGGAAAUGUCACAAGUGGGAUUCAGCGCAGAUUACUCUCCUCAAAAUGACAUUCUGAUGUUGGGUGCAGUAGGAGCUUAUGACUGGAGUGGGACUAUUGUUGAGAAGAAAACCCAUGAGCAGUUCAUUUUUUCUAAACAAGACUUUGACCAAAUUCUGCAAGAUAGAAAUCACAGCUCAUAUUUGGGUUAUUCUGUGGCUGCAAUCUCUACUGGAAGUGGUGUCCACUUUGUUGCUGGGGCUCCUCGGGCAAAUUAUACUGGCCAGAUAGUUCUGUACAGUGUUAAUGAGAAAGGCAAUGCAUCAGUUAUUCAGGCUCACAGAGGUGAUCAGAUUGGCUCCUACUUUGGGAGUGUACUGUGUUCAGUUGAUGUGGAUAAAGACAGUAUUACGGAUGUGCUCUUAGUAGGGGCACCAAUGUUCAUGAAUGAUCUAAAGAAAGAGGAAGGAAGAGUCUACAUGUUUACUAUCUCAAAGGGCAUUUUGAAUUGGCACCAAUUACUUGAAGGCCCUGAAGGUAUAGAAAAUGCCCGGUUUGGUUCAGCCAUUGCUGCUCUUUCAGACAUAAAUAUGGAUGGCUUUAAUGAUGUGAUAGUUGGAUCACCUUUGGAAAAUCAGAACUCUGGAGCUGUUUACAUCUACAAUGGUCAUGAACACACCAUUCGCUUGAAGUACUCCCAGAAAAUCCUAGGGUCUGAUGUCACCUUUCGAAACCAUCUUCAGUUUUUUGGGAGAUCCUUAGAUGGCUAUGGAGAUUUAAAUGGAGAUUCCAUCCCUGAUGUGUCCAUUGGCGCCUUUGGACAAGUGGUCCAGCUUUGGUCACAGAGUAUUGCUGAUGUAUCUGUCAGUGCUUCAUUCACACCAGAAAAAAUCAUUUUGGUCAACAAGAACGUUGAUAUAAAUCUCAAACUAUGCUUCAGUGCUAAGUUUAGACCUACCCAGCCAAACGGUCACGUGGCCAUUAAAUAUAACAUCACAAUAGAUGCAGAUCAGUAUUCAUCCAGAGUCACAUCCAGGGGAUUAUUUAAGGAAAAUAAUGAGAGGUUCCUGCAGAAAACUUUGAUGGUGCGUCGAGCCCAGACUUGCUCUGAGUUCAUUAUCCACAUACAGGAGCCCUCUGAUGUUAUCAGCCCGAUGGAUCUGUGUGUGAACAUCAGCCUGGCAAACCCAGGCACCAGUCCUGCCCUCGAAGCCUAUUCAGAGCCAACCAAGGUCUUCAGUAUCCCUUUCCAUAAAGACUGUGGUGAUGAUGGACUUUGCGUUUCUGAUCUAGUUUUAGAUGUCCAGCAGCUGUCAGCUACUCAAGAACAGCCUUUUAUUGUCAGCAACAAAAACAAGAGGUUAACAUUUUUGGUGACACUGACAAACAAAAAGGAGAGUGCAUACAACACUAGGAUUGUUGUUGACUUCUCAGAAAACUUGUUUUUUGCUUCCUGGACCACUCCGACUGAUGGGACAGAAAUACGAUGCCAGGUUGCUUCCACCCAGAAGUCAGUUGACUGUGAUGUUAGCUACCCUGCUUUGCAUCCAAAACAACAGGUGACUUUUACUAUUAACUUUGACUUCAAUCUUCAAAUUCUUCAGAAUCAGACAUCUGUCAGUUUCCAAGCCUUAAGUGAAAGCUCUGAAGAAAAUGAGUCUGAUAACAGGGUCGACUUCAGACUUCCUCUGCUGUAUGAUGCUGAAAUUCACAUCACAAGAUUCAUCAACAUAAAUUUUUAUGAAGUCUCAGAUGAGGAUGUUCCUUCUCUGGUACACAGUUUGGAAGAUAUUGGUCCCAAAUUCAUCUUUUCCAUUAAGGUAACGACAGGAAGCAUCCCAGUAAGCAUGGCAUCUGUGACAAUCCACAUUCCUCAGUUCACUAAGGAAAAGAACCCACUAAUGUACCUGACUGACAUUCACACAGAUAAGGCUGGUGACAUCACCUGUGAUGCAAAGAUAAACCCACUAGAAAUUGGACAAACAUCUUCUUCUGUAUCUUUCAAGAGUGAAAAUUUCUGGCACACAAAUGACUUGAACUGCACAACUGCUUCCUGUAGUAAAUUUACCUGCCAGCUGAAAGGCCUUCAGGUAAAAGGAGAAUACUUCCUGAAUGUGUCAACCAGAAUUUGGAAUGGGACAUUUGCAGCAUCAACCUUCCAGAUGGUCCAGCUGACGGCGGCUGCAGAAAUUGACACCUACAACCCCCAAAUAUAUGUGAUCGAAGAAAACGCCAUGACGAUUCCUAUCACAAUAAUGAAACCCCAUGAGAAAGCUGAAGUACCAACUGGAGUCAUAGUUGGGAGUAUAAUUGCUGGACUUCUUUUGCUCUUGGUUUUGGUUGCAAUUUUAUGGAAGCUUGGCUUCUUCAAAAGAAAGUAUGAAAAGAUGAUGAAAAAUGCAGAUGAGAUUGACGAGGCCACAGAACUCAACAGCUGAGCCACCAACAAGCCUUUGUCAUGGUCUCAGAAACAGCUUCGCUGUCAGGAUUUGCAUGGGCACAAGUGGAUUUAAAAAAAAAAAUCCCAUCAUUUUAUAAAGGAGUAACUAGCCUGCUAUGUUAUUUUAGGAAACUGCAGGUCAGUUUGGAAAGAAAUUAGGAUAUGGGUAAAGGGUAAAAAGGUUAUUGAAAAAAAAAGACAUUUUAUAUGGGGUGGGGUGAUUCUUUACACUGGCAGGUCCAGAGUUUACAAUGUAAUAUGUGUUUGUGUUAUAAACAUGAAAUGCUUCCAAAUAUGAUGCCUCAAUAUAACCUUUCCCAGAUUUUUUUUUUAAUGAGGGAUGGGGGAAGGGGUCAAGGGAUAAUCCCAGUCAUCAAAAACAAUUGCUUUUAAACAGUCACAACAGAAGUGGGCAUACUUGGUGUAAAUAGAUCCUUAGCUUGGAUCUCGAUGCUAGGUGGGACAUAAAGCAGCAGGUCUUUAAUUUAGGCUGCUUAUCCACAGCUGCCACAGAAGUUAUUUGUAGGGAUGAUUUGUGAACUGGGUGAAAUUUGCUGUGGUCCACGCCUGCUGACUGCCAGCCCCUUUCUUGCUCCUCAUACCACGUGACUAGCAGGCAGGACUCUAUAGAGUUUGCCUUCUGCAGAAGCAACACCAUUGAUGUCUGAGGGAAAGUAAGAGUUUGGAGGUCAAAGUGCAAAAACGGUGUUUGAAAUCUAUAACAAUAUUUCUGUAAAAUCCUCUUUGCUGGAGUCCCAGCUUUGCCAGAGAAAGAAGGGGCCGACUGCUAUCUUCAGCGCUGGAAUGACUGGCUGCCAGGGACCUGGGGCUUUUGACAGUUGGAAAGGGAGCUUUGACAAUAUGCCUCCUCCUAUGAUGAGCCACUCUGCUGCCUUCUGGGGUCCCUGUCUGCUCAGAUGCCAGCCUUUCUCUCCACAGUUCAUAUCUAUCUGUCUUCCCCCACUCCCAUGCCAGUCCUGCUGCUCCUUUAUUCCUGGGGAAGGAAGGAAAGUCCAGCUGUUCAUUCACACACCUGUGGAUUACUGCAGAAUUCCUCGAUUUUAGGGAGCUAUUUUCAUUUCCUGUUAAAGAAGUCUGAAAAAAGAAGAAAAAAGCAAGAAAAGGCAAGGAAAAGAAAAGAGAAAAGAAAAGGAAAAGGAAAGGAAAGAAA